UUCACAUUUUGACUCUUAACUCCCUCCAAGAUUACAAAAACAAAAGCAAACGUUUUUGCCUAAAUUACUCUCCCCAAAUACAAGCCCUGAAAUAUUCCUUUCUUGGUCAAUCAAUUAAGCAGUUUGACAUUACAAAUGGGUUCGAUUCUGAUGUGGGUUUUACUUGUAUUCGCCAAUUUAUGCAAUUACAACGUCUUAGCCGAUCCAAUCUUCUCAACUCACACAGGUGGCUUAAGCCGCAGCUCUCGUGAACCAAAAUAUGAUAUCGAGUUCCACACAGAAGAUUCACCAUUUCUUCCUGAUGAUGAUCAAGAAUCAGUGGUCAUGCCAAAGAGCAACGGCGAAAAUUUUCUAUGUUAUUUGCCAAAAGUGGAGAAACCCGAGAAUGAUAAACCUGCCAUACGCGAAAACACAACCAGCUUAAUUUUGGAAACCGAAAAACGAUUCAAACUCAAGACACCAGACGAGCUGCUUGAACCACUUAAAGACCGAUGCUUAAUCAGGCAAGAGGGGUGGUGGUCUUAUGAAUUUUGUUACCACAAGAAGUUGCGUCAAGUUCAUGUAGAAGAUGACAGGAUUGUUCAAGAAUUUGUAUUGGGUGAAUACGAUGCUGAAGCUACAGCUGCUUAUAAUCGUAACCUGUCUGACAUUUCAACUUUAAAAGAUCCUCGCUCAAUAGAUGCGUCACAAAGGUAUCAUGCUCAUCAAUACACAAACGGAACCACUUGUGAUCUUACAAACGAGCCUCGAGAAACCGAGGUAAGAUUUGUGUGUUCCGAACCUAGAGCAAUGAUUAGUUCCAUUACCGAGUUAUCAACAUGCAAAUAUGCAAUCACGAUCCAUUGCCCAACGCUCUGCAAACACCCGUUGUUCCAAGAAGAAAGACCGGUAUGGUAUACAAUCAACUGUAACCCGGUCCCAAAAGAUUACAAACAACCAAACAUGGAGGAUGGCAUUGUUCCUGAACACAAGAUUGCUAUGGUGACCGAUAAGGAAUCACCAUCGAUAUCCAAAUCUGUUUCGGAAGAAUAUGCAACAUAAAGAUGUAUGCACAUUGCAUGCCCAUCUUCACUUCAAAUUAACUAACAGAAAGAGGUAUUAGUUGUCCUGAAUCGGAUAAUGUUUAUUGAUUUAUCGACAUUUUGAGGUACAGUUUUUGUUUAUUGUUAUAGUAAAUCCCAUAGAUGUUGAAAUUGCGCUUUUAAAGCAUAUGCAAAUUCGACGGUUUGGUGCGCA